ACCUCGAUGGCUAGUGCGUGACACACGGUGCAAACUCGAUUGUGUAACCGCCAAAGGUACGUCAAAAUAUGAUGACAUAGGUCCAUACGAAAAAUCCUGAAUCCGUAUACAAUAACAUAAGAAAUAGAAUCCGGGCUAAUGAAGCUUUCUGCAGAGCUUACUUGCUCUACUACCGUCUAUACGGGAGAGUGGGGAACCAACUUUCACAGCCAUAUAUAAUCAAGAGAAGAUUUUAAGGUGUAUUACUUCUUUAUCGUCCAUCACUUAGGCUGUGUUAAAAAAAAAGGUGGCUGUUAUUUUGUUUGCCAGGAAUGUUCUGUGCCAGUGUUUACGUGUGACGGUGUUCUAAGGAUAUAUUACGAAGUGUACAGUGAUCUACACCUCUUGCUUCCAACGGAAAUUGGAUUAAGUAAUAUACUGGCACACCAAACAAAAUGACGAAAUCAAUUUUAUGCAUCGGUUUACUAGCAGUGUUAUUUUUAAAGAACACAAACUGUGAUGCACCAGUACCGGACUCGGCAUCUCUACCUUUAGAACAUAGAGGCUUAUACGGACCACCACUUUCCGGACCGGGUUAUGCGCCACCAUCGGGAUUACUUCAAGGGGGAGGAGGAUCGGACGACCCCUGGCCACUGGCCACACCUGACAUGCCCCAGAUAAAACACUUACAAGUUCAAUGUGAGAAGACGCACAUGCGCGUCAACAUCGAAUUCGACAGACCGUUUUACGGGAUGAUCUUCUCCAAGGGAUUCUACAGCGACCACCACUGCGUCCAUUUGAAACCUGGAACAGGACAUUUGAGUGCAACAUUCGAGAUAUUCCUCAACAGUUGCGGCAUGUCUUCUUCUGCUAAUCACAAUGCUGCAAGCUACGGCGGACCAACCCCUAGCGGUAGCUACGUGGAGAACACCAUCAUCAUCCAGUACGAUCCCUUCGUGCAAGAGGUGUGGGAUCAAGCUAGAAAACUCCGUUGUACCUGGUACGAUUUCUACGAAAAAGCAGUCACUUUCCGUCCAUUCCAAGUUGAUAUGCUCCACGCCGUCACCGCCAAUUUCCUUGGUGACAACCUGCAAUGCUGGAUGCAGAUCCAAGUUGGUAAAGGUCCAUGGGCAUCCGAAGUCUCCGGUAUCGUCAAAAUCGGUCAAACGAUGACCAUGGUGCUCGCCAUUAAGGAUGACGAGAACAAGUUCGAUAUGUUGGUGAGGAACUGUGUUGCCCACGAUGGAAAGAGGGCGCCAAUACAACUGGUCGACCAAUACGGUUGCGUUGUCAGACCUAAGAUCAUGAGCAAAUUCCAGAAGAUAAAGAACUUCGGACCUUCAGCCUCAGUGGUGUCGUUCGCCUACUUCCAAGCCUUCAAAUUCCCCGACUCCAUGAACGUCCACUUCCAAUGCGUGAUCCAGGUCUGCAGAUACAACUGUCCAGAGCCAAAAUGUGGACACGGCUUGGGACUGUCCAGUGAAUACGGAUUACCGGCGUUGGGAAGCAGUGGGCAUGGUAAUAACUUGAAUACUGAGUACGGCGCACCCUUGCCAGAAUACAGUGGAGUUCCACCCGCGUUCCCAGACCCAAGACAUCCUUCAGGACCUGCUGGAGCAUACUCGGAACCAAAUGCUGACGUUGUACCAGCUCCCCAGGCCCAGACCUCGUCUUCCUCGACAUCCAACCCAUCAAAUCUAUCUUCCCCAGCUCCACAAACGAAUGGUCAAUCUGGAAACGAUAUCCAUCUACCACCUCCUCCACUACCAGGUCACCACGGACAAUAUAACACAGUGAAAAGGAAGAGUGACAUCGAAGGCGAAUUCGAGAACAAUUUAGCUACCCUAGGAGGACGGCCAAGAUCCGUUGAAAACCUACCAGCUCAACUGCAAGGCGUAAGACGAAAAAGAUCACCAGAAACCUUCAACGUCGUUGUCAGUCACGUAUACAAGAGGGAAGCGCAAGAAAUGACCGAUGUGAACACCAGCAGAACUAUUCAAGUUGUCGCUCCAGGAGACGUUAAUUUCGCACUGAACUCAGCGCAGAAUAACGAAACGGUGGUAAUUCAGUCGGCGUCAUCUGCAGAUCCUGAAACUAUUUGUAUGUCGAUACCCAGUUUUGUAGCAGGACUAGUCAUGCUUCUUUUAGUUCUCAUUGUAUCCAGUUUAGUAGCUGCUUUCCUGUUCGUGAGAGUACGAGCUAUCGACAGAAAAGGUGCUUCCCCAGCUUUCAUGCACACCAGAGGUUACGAUAAUUCCGAAUUUGUGAAAGUAGCAAACUGACGAUAGACUGGAUAAAUAGAUUGGUCAAUUUCCAAAGAAAAUGAAUGAGUUGCGCUACACAAGUGCCUUGUGGUCUUUUUCCUUCAAUUCACCGAAACAUCCGACGAAUUGAACGAGAAAACGUCACAUACUUCCACUUUCCAUCUCUGCUAUGUAACUAUUCACAAUCGUGAAUAGUUCUACAUACACUGAAUUUAUUUAAACUUCUUUCAUUCCUCAUUCAGUUGAGCCAUCUCAUUCAUUAUUUUCGCAACGAGAAUCUCAUGUUUCCUCCAUGUAUUAACUAAAUUAUUUCUCUUAAUUUAUUUUUGUGAAUAGUGAUAAGGUGAAGCCUUCGAACAUAUUGAUUAAACGGAAUUCUGAUCAAUGUUUUCUGACCAGUGAAUUGUAAACUUCUUCAUUUAGAUGAAGAGAAGAACUAGUCUUAAAUCUAGGAUGUAGUUCCAAUGUAAAUAAUUUCACGAGCACAAAUACUCAGAAAAUACAAUUCGAUAUGAAGAUUGUCAAUUACUGCUAUAUCUUCAUGAUUUUUACUGUUGAAUUAUCAUGAAUCUGUAAUUGUUGAAAUUAUUCAAAUGACAAUUGAAGGAACAGUUAGUUCUUGGGGAAUUAGAAGAAAUACACUGACAAUGAAAUGAGAAUUGUCUCUUGGAUAGUUUCGACAAUAAUGCUUGAUG